CCCCGUUAACCUCUGAACCGGAAGAGGUAGACCACGAUGUGCCUGAUCGAAAAAUCACCCGGCUAGCUCCUUUGCUGUUUCAUUUGACAUUACAAUGCUAACACUUUAGCUGGAAGAUAUGUGAUCAGACUGACAACAACACUGAAGAAAAAGGAUAAAGCUAUUUUAAUAUCUCAUUAUAUGAACGGAAGUAUCGAAAUAUCCAUCAAACUGUUAAAAGAUGCCUGUUCCAGUGUUGGAUCUUUAUCAGUCCUGAAAGUGAAGCUCUGACAGUUUUCAACUUGGACUCCAGACUGCUGACCUCAAAAUGAGGUACAGAGGAGCUCAGAUCUGUCUCUGGGCUCGUGGCUCGCGCUGCCUGUCCCGACACACCUGGCCUUGCAGAAUCUCUCUGGUGCGAACCUAUAGUGCUCAGCAUCAGCCCGGUUCACCUAAUCCCACCGACCCGGUUUCUCCUGAAGGGAAGGGUGGAGCUGAGGUGGUGAAGGAGCGGGCUCUGGCUGCCCUGAAGUAUGCCGGUGAGGUGGGUCAGCAGUGGGGUCAGAGGUCAGCUCAGACCGCCACUGCUACAGUCAACUACUGGUGGCAGAGGUACGAGGAGUUUGUCGGGCUCAAUGAGGUCCGUGUGGCCCAGACCAAAGUCACAGAGGCUGAGGCAGCUUUCAUGGUGGCCAGAGGGAUGGUACGAGAGGCUCAUACCAGCCUGGAGGCUCUGCAGGUCAAGCUGAAGGAGGUCAGAGACCGGCUGGACCGGGUCUCAAGGGAGGAGGCUCACUACCUGGAGCUGGCCACACAGGAGCACAAACUGCUGCAGGAGGAGCGUCGUUUCCGGACAGCGUAUGAGAACGCAGAGGGUUCAGAGAGGGAGAAGUUCGCCUUGUUCUCAGCGGGCGUCAGAGAGAGCCAUGAGAAGGAGAGGACGAGGGCAGAACGCACCAAAAACUGGUCCGUUAUCGGCUCUGUCCUCGGGGCUCUGAUCGGGGUCAUGGGAUCAACAUACAUCAACCGGGUCCGCCUUCAGGAGCUGAAGAGUCUGCUGCUGGAAGCCCAGAAAGGUCCAGAGAGUCUGCAGGAAGCCCUCAAAGUCCAGGCUGGAAACCACCGCUCCCAGCAGGACGAGCUCCGUACGCUCAUCGACAGCCUCAGACUCGCUCUCACAGACGCCCUCGCUCAGAGAGACAUCCUCCUGCAGGAUAGGGCAGAUCAGACCUCAAGCUCACCCUCUGUGCCUCUGUCGGCGUUAAGAGACCUCCACACAGGCAGCAAGAAGACCGAGUCCCUCCUGGAGUCUCUGCCGCCACAGCUGGGACACCUGGAGCAGGGACUGGUGAGAGUGGAGGCGGAUUUAUCGAUGGUGAAGAGGCUGCUGGAGACCAGACCGCACCCUGAAGUACAGGCUGAGAAACAGGCUGAACAACAGGCUGUGCAGCUGCAGCCUGCAGCUCCACCUGCAGCAGAGAGAGGGGACCAGCUGGAGUCUGAGGCUGUGAUUCAGAGUCUGGAGGAGACAAAGAGGACACUGGGAGAAGGAAUCAGGACAAACACACUUUAUAACGCCGUGUUUACUUACACAGCCACCGCCAUCACCAUCAGUGCUGUGUACAUGCUGCUCAGAGGAGCCGGGUAGACCUGAUACCUCAGACCUCACUUUGUUCACGUGCACUAAGUCGACUUAUCAUAAUAAUAAUAAUAAAGUAGGAGAGAGUUAAACUCUUACAGGGUGAGAGGUGACAAAGUUUCUGUGUUUAACUUGAUCCUGAUCUGAGCUCACUGAUCUCCUGAAGCCAUGAGACGUGUUCCUUCCUCAUUAGUAUUCCUGAUUCUGUGAUCUGAAGAAGGGACUUUGCUGCUGAUUCCAAUCAUGCUGCUUUUAGCUACAAGCUGUCCUAGAUAUUUUUAUAAUGAGCUUAAAACAAACAAAAUGAAAGGUUUGUUUGAUUCAUAACCAAACUAAACACUGGAGUGCAGCACGGAUGGAAAGACUUUAGGGUCAGGUAACCUUGGAGCUGCCUUUGUUAAAGGUGACAUAUCAUGCAAAAUGGACUUUUUAAUGGUUCUCUACCUGAAAUAUGUGUCCCUGUCUACAAACCCCCCCGAGAAUGAAAAAAAUCCAUUCUGCCCCUGUUCUGAUUUCUCCACCUUUCUGUAAAUGUGUGCUGAAACCAGCCGUUUCAGACUUCCGUGUUUUGUUACGUAACAACAAUAUCCGGUGGGAGUCAGAGCUCGGAGCUUGUUCAGCCCAUAGACUGUAUAAAAUAAUACUGAAUCCCCUCCUCUGUUUUUCAUUCCCUGCACACAUGUGUGCUAACAAGGAGCUUAGGAGGGAGGCAUGCUAGUUGUAGGCUGUCUUAAUAAACACAAAGGUCGGUUUUACUCCCCACGUCUGCAGAUUUGAAGAUCUAGUGGAUGAUUUUUAUUUAUCAUGGAAAAGUGUUAGCGCUAGUUAGCAUAGCUACAUAGCUACAUGUUCGUAGCUGUGUACCAAGACACACGUCGACAUACUGACAAAUAAAACAACAAGAAACACUAAAUCUGUGACCAAUCCUUCAGAAAGGUCCUGCUGCAGGCGCCUCUCCAUCAGGAUCAGAUUCUGGAUCAGAUUCAGAGGGUUGAAGUAACGCGGGUCUGUGAGCAGCCGUGUAUAUUCAGCCAACAUGUAAACAUUAGAUCAACGUGCUGGAGAGCCGAGGCACAUUCACUUCCUGAGGGGGCGUGGUCAGAGGGAAAACAGAGUGUUCUGAGGAGGACUGAAGAAGAGGGCUUUUCAGGCAGACCAAAAUCUGAUUUCAAAGUGUUUUUUUGAGCAUAAACUUUAAAGACAUGUUUUGGGGACCUCUUAGACCAAUAUAUAUUGAUGAAAGAAGCGUGAUAUGUCACCUUUAAAUAGACACACAUGAUAAGGCGUUAAACGACCUGAGGAUCUUUACCCCUGAACUAUGUGCGUUUUGACCGGUGGACCCAGGGUCUAAAUUUAGUUCAGGGGUAGUUAAUCUCCCCCCUAAAAAUCCCCUGCUAGGGGGGUAGUACUUUUCAAAAGUCCCGGGGCUUUCUGCAGCAAGAUUAUAAGAAGGUAAAGGAGGACCAGCAAGUGGUUGGACCGCCUGGACGCCCUUCUCAGACAGCGGCCAUCCAAUUCCUUAAGUUUUGUUAAAGUACACCGGUGAUGUGUGACCUCUGCAAGUGGAGCUUUCCUUUGCGCCUUUCUUAGCAGGAGCAAGGAACACAUUUCCUCUCAUGUGAAAGCAGCUUCAUCAAGUCUUGCUGAUCAACAUUUUAUGAUGUAAAAUAUCUUUAACUAACAAUCCUAAAACAGAAUAAGAUCCAACCCUUUUAAGUUUUAAAGUCUACAUCGGUGUGAAUUCAUGAUAUAAACACAGAGAAAAUCAGCAAAUCCACGCAGUCAAGAAGCAGACGGCGUGAACUGUUUGAACUUGAACAUUGAAUUCAAUGUUUUUAGAGAACUAUCAGUCAUCUUUAACCAGCUCAGGUCUGUCAGUACUCUGUAGCAUCAUCUUACCGUGUGCAGAACAAAGCGUCAUUCCUGCAGGACUCAGAGUUCCUGACAGUUCUGAGUCUGGAGAGCAGCUUUAAUAAGGGCCAACAAUAAUCUGUAGCUUGUGUUUUUUGCACUCAGCAGCUAGAAGCCGUGGACAAAAUGUAGUUAUCUGUCAUCUGUUUCAAACACAAUGCGUUGUACUGGGUUAGUCCAGCUUGAUUCAGCCUUUAUAGUAGUAGCACCGACCAGCUGAAGGACCACUUCCUCACAUCUGUUAUCCCACCUCAGUCACAUAAUUCUCACAUAAAGAUCCAGCUGUGUUUUCUUUUGUUGCUGUAAAUGUAAACAGAGUAUAUGAUGUGUUGAUUAUUUACAAUAGAUGGUUUAUUUUCUACUAUAAAGCGUGAGUGGAGCCUUAAUAAGUCAGAUUGAACUGUGAUUAUUUUUUAAUUAAUGCAGGAAGACUUUUUUUUUUAAACUGACUAAAUGAAACUGAUCAAUAAAAGUGAUGAUCUGCUUUAUCCCUGAAUCACAUCUUUCCUUCAUCAUGUUGUUGAUUGUUUGUUUGAGUUCAAUGAUCACUGGAUUAAACCGUUUAAUUCAAACU